GGAAGAAUUCAGCUGUGCAGUUCCUCCUCCAUCUUUCUUGCACAAUCUCUCUCUUCCCACAGUCUGACAACUAUUGUCUGGCUCUCAAUUCUUCGAAGACUGGGGUGUUAUUUAUUGUCAGUCAGUCAGUCAGUCAGUUAUUCUCGUCCUCCUCAUUUGACAUUUAAGACCUCGUCUCCUCCCCAAAGCGCAGUACAUGCCUCCGAAGGUCUCCAACAUCCUUUCAGCUUCUAUCCUUGCUCGCUCCCUGCACCAGCGGCUCGUCCGCUCCAUCAAAUGGCGGAGUCCACCGUCCCGAAGCCUACGGGCCGCUCCUCCGUCCCCGAGCACAACGCCCCGACGGACGAGAUGAAGCAUGCCGACUUGGAGAGUCAGAAAUACCAGCCCGGGUCGAGCUCGGAUUCGGAAGGGGAAGUCGGCAGACAGAUUCAAUUGGAGGCAGAGAACUCCAUCAAGUAUCGCACAUGUAGCUGGCAGAAGACGGCUGCGCUACUCUUCUCUGAGUACAUUUGUCUGGCUAUCAUGUCGUUUCCCUGGUCCUACUCGGUGCUGGGUCUGGUACCAGGGUUGAUCUUGACGGUGGUCAUUGCGAUGACUGUGCUGUAUACUUCGUUGAUCAUUUGGCGGUUCUGCCUGCGACAUCCACACGUGCGCGAUGUUUGCGACAUUGGACAGAUGAUCUUCUGGGACUCCAAGGUGGUCUGGUACCUCACGGCGGUCAUGUUCCUCUUGAACAACACCUUCAUCCAGGGCCUGCACUGUCUUGUCGGCGCAGAAUACCUCAACACGAUCACCGGUCACGCGACCUGCACGAUCAUCUUCUCCUUGGUGACAGCGGUGAUCUCGUUCAUCUGCUCCCUCCCGCGGACCUUCAGCGCGCUCUCCAAAGUGGCGACACUCAGCGCGAUCACCACAUUUAUCUCCGUGAUGCUGGCGCUCAUCUUCUCGGCCAUCGAAGACCACCCGGCCGGCUACACGCCAGCCAAAGGUGACCCGAUCGUGACCGCCGUCCCCGUCGCGGGCACGACGUUCGUCUCCGGCGUCAGCGCUUUCCUCAACAUCAGCUACACCUUCAUCGGCCAGAUCACGCUGCCUAGCUUCAUCGCCGAGAUGCACGAGCCCAAGGACUUCUGGAAAUCCGUCACGGCCGUCACCAUCGCGGAGGUGAUCGUCUUCUCGCUGGUCGGCGCCGUGGUCUACGCCUACACGGGCAACCAAUACAUCAGCUCGCCGGCCUUCGGCUCCAUCGGCGACGAGACCUACAAGAAGAUCUCCUUCUCCUUCAUGAUCCCCACCCUCAUCUUCCUGGGCGUCCUGUACGCCUCCGUCUCCGCCCGCUUCCUCUUCUUCCGCCUCUUCGACGGCACCCGCCACAAGGGCAACCACACCCUCGUCGGCUGGGCCGCCUGGGCCGGCAUCCUGUGCUGCCUGUGGAUCGCCGCCUUCAUCAUCGCAGAGGUCAUCCCCUUCUUCUCCGAUCUCGAGUCCAUCAUGAGCGCCCUGUUCGACUCAUUCUUCGGCUUCAUCUUCUGGGGCACCGCAUACCUGCGCAUGCGCCGCGCCGACUACGGGCCGGGCUUCUAUAAGAACCGGGGCUGGAAGGGCUGGGUGGGAUUCAUCGUGAAUGUCGGCUUGAUUGUCGCGGGUUUGUUCUUCUUGGGUCCGGGCACUUAUGCAUCCAUCGAAAGCGUGAUAAUCAGCUACCGCGAAGGAACAGUCGGAAGUCCAUUCUCAUGCGCCAACACGGGAUUGUAAACCACAGCAGAGCGAGCACAACGGAGCGAAUCCAAACCUCCCGCCUAAAGAAAGUAGCUCCCGCCCUUCUUCUUGAUCGGGUAAUCGUUUGCUUUCCAGGCCCUGUGACGAGAUGCUACUAGUUCCCCAAGUGACCGAGCUAUAAAGCAGACGAUGAUGAUGGUAAUGACGAUGCAUUUGAAUGGGGUUCUCGGUUAGGGGUUCGUCUGUGUCUUCCGAUGGAGGCGAUUCCGUUUUUGUUCUUUGGCGGUAGUGGUGAGCUUUGUAUAUUGUGUUUUAUUUUUUUUUUCGAUGUAUGAAUUAACCUAACCUGAUACCGAGGUAUGCUAUGGGUAUGCAUUAAUGAUGAGAAAUGAUGAUAUCAAGGUCUCUUCUCUUGGUUUUGUGUACCGUGUUCGGAGGGGGACAGUCAUCAGGUGUCGGUCUCGUUGCGCAUAGGG